CAUCUGCCAUGUGUGGUGCGCCACACCGGCGAGGAAGGCAUUUGCAUGUUUGCCAUCGAUUGCUUCAAAGCGAACGGCACGCAUCUGGGCGUGUGCAUCGACAAGAUUUUCUUCGGUUCCUGCUGUCAGGUGAACGAUGACCGGUUACUGUUCGAUCCCGACAUAACGGAUAACAGUAUAGACCACAACUCGGUCGGUAGCUUCGGUCAGCAGCACUUCCCGCAAUCGUCGGUGAUGAACACGCACCGCAAACCGCCACUCACCGAAACGCGACUGCCAACGACCAACGGCAACGGUACCAAGUACGAGCUAAUCAGCAGUUCCUCGACAACGACACGUCGCACGACACCGAAGACACCGCCGCCGGGCCGCAGAACAACAGCGACGGCACACGUACGGACGACCACGAAAGCACCACUGAAGCUUCAGCAGAAGGAUGACAUCCAAACGACGACCGAGUACCAGGAGUUCACUACCUUCCAGUACGUGCAGAGUAGCAAGAAUCCGGCGGUUUCGCCGGGAGCUUCAACCUCAACAAACAAACGACCAACGGUUCGUCCUACCGGCGCCUCUGCCAGACCAACGGUGCUUGAUACUCGCAAACCGACCACCAAGGUGCAACAGGCAACCACGACGACGACGACGACGACGACGACGACGAAACCGUACAAAACUCGACGACCGACACCAAACAAGACGACGAUCCGUACGGUUCCUCCUCGACGACCAGUUCCUCCUCAAACUACACCAUCAUCCACCACAAACGCUGCACCAACGACAACGUCGACGUCGACGACUAAGCGAGUAGCUAGUCCAGUUACGCGUUUACCCAACAAUACCUCGACUACCUCACGCAAACCCCCGAGUACGAUAUCCUCCUCGACUACGUUUGCAUCGCGCAGACCUACCACGACGCAAUCGCCACUGAAAACAGACUCGACGACACCUCAACGACGACCGACAACGGGCCCUACGUUGGUACCACUAACCCGACCAACUGUCAACCGAAAGCGUCCCUCGAUUCCGACGACCACAAGUGAAAGCCCCGAAACGACACGUGCACCACGUCCAAGACCUAAACCAACGGCUCAGAUCGCCACAGUUCCUGCCACCUCACUGGAUCACUUGAUAGAAUCCCAAGUCGUGACAAAAGUUCCACCACCAUCGAGUACGGUUACCAGGGUAACUUAUCCUAUUACCACGGAUAAGGUCACGGUAGCUACUACCCCGACACCUACUCCAACUCCUUCGACAACCGGACGAACUACGGCGGAGUUACCGAUUCUCUCCUCAACAAUCAAGGCUCCAGCAGGAGCGUCAGCCAUUGGGCUCGGUGGUACGGAGGAUCUUGCAACCCUCUCCCGGCCCGGGUUGGUCACCUGGACCAGCAUCCUGGACGAUACACCGACGGAACGUCCAAGUUCGAGCCAAGUAAUCAAACUAACCAGCAUGAACCAUCAACCCACAAGUUCUACGACCACGGUGACGACUACGACGACGACGAAGCGCACUAGCACAACGACGAUCGUUGAAGAUGUAGUCACCAAAGGCGUCACGACACCGACUUCUACCAAACGAACAACAACGACACCAACGACGACGACGAUACCGACAACAACAUCAACGAUAUCCACUAGAUUACCACCGUCGCAGCUCGGUAGCAUCGGAUCAACGGCGCCUAUCGAGACGACAUUAGCCGCAACGACUCCAUCAUCAACGUCCACUGUAGCGACAUCCACCGGUCACAUCACAUCGUCAGCCGCACCGACACCGACGACGAGAGCAGGUACCUCGACGACCCCUUCCACUGUGAAACCGGUGCCACUUGCCGCCUCAUCGAGCACUACGGAGUCGCAGCUCUUGCGUGAGACGACGACGGUCGAAGCGACAUCGGUAAGCUCGAUUGUGAAUGGAACGGGCAGCGCAUCCUCCUCCUCCUCCUCGACCUCACUCCCGGUCACUGCCACCGACGCGGCGAAGAUUCCUUCCACGGUUAAUGCGACGUCAACGACGGCGACGGCGACGACGGCCACGAUGACGACCGGCAUGCCUGUCAAAUUCCCGGAUCAAAUGGCCAAUCAGACGGCGACGAUCCCGACCACCACGACGCUCGCGAUGCUGGCCAACAUUACAACGGACGGCGUUACGCUAGCACCGGACUUCCUGACCACAUCGACGGUGCCUUCGCUCGAGGGCAUCGAUUACCGAUCAGUGUGCGGUAAAAGGAUGUUCCCGGAGCCACGCAUCGUCGGUGGUACGAAAGCAGCAUUCGGUCGCUGGCCCUGGCAGAUCUCGUUGCGCCAAUGGCGAACCUCGACCUAUCUGCACAAGUGUGGUGCUGCGCUGCUGAACGAAAACUGGGCCAUCACCGCGGCACAUUGUGUGGACAAUGUCCCACCAUCGGAUCUGUUACUUCGGUUAGGCGAGUACGAUCUGGCGCUCGAGGAAGAACCGUACGGUUAUCAGGAACGCCGCGUCCAGAUUGUCGCCUCCCAUCCACAGUUCGAUCCACGGACGUUCGAGUACGAUUUGGCGCUGCUAAGAUUCUAUGAACCGGUCAGCUUCCAGCCCAACAUCAUACCAGUGUGCGUGCCGGAGAACGAUGAGAACUUCAUCGGCCGUACAGCGUUCGUGACCGGAUGGGGUCGCCUGUACGAAGAUGGACCACUGCCGAGUGUACUGCAGGAGGUGACGGUGCCGGUGAUCGAGAACAAGAUCUGCGAGACGAUGUACCGGAGCGCGGGAUACAUUGAGCACAUUCCGCACAUCUUCAUCUGUGCCGGCUGGAAGAAGGGAGGAUACGAUUCGUGUGAAGGUGACUCCGGUGGUCCGAUGGUGAUCCAGCGUCCCGAUAAGCGCUUCCUGCUCGCCGGUGUCAUCUCGUGGGGUAUCGGGUGUGCCGAACCGAACCAACCGGGCGUUUACACCAGGAUAUCCGAGUUCCGAGACUGGAUCAACCAGAUACUGCAGUUCUAA